UGGACUCGGCCGCCGCUGCGGUGUGAGGCGCGUGUUCGGGCUCUCGCCGUCCCCGCACCCGCACCGCGGCUUCUGCCCUGUGGCCAGCUGUUUGACAGCCAGCCCUCGGGCCCCCCGCCCGCCUCGGACAUGCCGCGCGUCUACAUAGGACGCCUUAGCUACAACGUCCGGGAGAAGGACAUCCAGCGCUUUUUCAGUGGCUAUGGCCGCCUCCUCGAAAUAGACCUCAAAAAUGGGUACGGCUUCGUGGAGUUCGAGGACUCCCGCGACGCCGACGACGCCGUUUACGAGCUGAACGGCAAGGAGCUCUGCGGCGAGCGCGUAAUCGUGGAGCACGCCCGCGGCCCGCGCCGCGACCGCGACGGCUACAGCUACGGAAGCCGCAGUGGUGGAGGGGGAUACAGCAGUCGGAGAACCUCUGGCAGAGACAAAUAUGGACCACCUGUUCGUACAGAAUUCAGACUUAUUGUAGAAAAUCUUUCCAGUCGUUGCAGUUGGCAAGAUUUAAAGGAUUUCAUGAGGCAAGCAGGUGAAGUAACCUAUGCGGAUGCUCACAAAGAACGCACAAAUGAAGGUGUGAUUGAGUUUCGGUCCUACUCUGACAUGAAGCGUGCUCUGGAUAAACUGGAUGGUACAGAAAUAAACGGCAGAAAUAUUAGGCUCAUUGAAGAUAAACCACGAACAAGCCAUAGGCGGUCUUACUCUGGAAGCAGAUCGAGGUCACGGUCUAGAAGAAGGUCACGAAGUAGGAGUCGCAGAAGCAGCCGCAGUAGAUCUCGAAGUAUCUCGAAAAGUCGCUCCCGAUCCAGGUCUCGGAGCAAAGGUCGAUCACGUUCUCGAUCAAAAGGCAGGAAAUCUAGAUCAAAAAGCAAAUCUAAGCCCAAGUCUGGGGGCUCCCGUUCGCGCUCUCGGAGCAGAUCUAAAGAUGAGUAUGAGAAAUCUCGAAGCAGGUCUCAUUCUCGAUCUCGUUCCCCCAAAGAAAAUGGAAAAGGUGAUAUAAAGUCAAAAUCUAGAUCAAGGAGCCAGUCUCGUUCCAAUUCACCCCUCCCUGCUCCACCCUCAAAGGCUCGUUCUGUGUCCCCUCCACCAAAAAGAGCUUCAAGAUCCCGUUCUAGAUCUCGUUCAAAGUCAAGGUCACGGUCCAGAUCAAGUUCCAGAGAUUAACCCAGAACUCUGUUCUUUGCACACUAUUACAGAACACUUUCCUACUUGCUUAGGCAGUUACUGUUCCAUGUUUGUAUUUGGCCUCUUCUACAAGAGGAAUCUUCUGAAAAUAGGGGCACACAGAAAUUUAAUUUGAGGCCAAAUUUGAUGAAAAAAGAUGAGGUUCUAAAGAAAUGGUGGCAUGAAGUCAAAGACCCUCUCCCUUCUUUGUAGAAUUAAGAUAACUUUGAUUUUAUAGCUUUUGAGCUACAAUAACUUUUGUAAAGAUUAAGCUCAUUUAGAUUUUUUUUUUUAAGUAUUUCAGCAGGAUCUGCUGCAGGGGUUUUGUUGUUUAUUUGUUUAUUUGUUUGCUUUUAAAUUAACCGUUUCAAGCUUUGAAUACUUAAGGCUUUAGAGGGAGAACUCGGUCUUCAAUUAUGUUGGCUUUUUAUAAAGCUUGAGUUAUGUAAGAUUUCAAUAAAAGUUUGCUACCAAGAUGAUUGCCUUAUUGAAUAGGUCACUAUUAAAUUCCAUUAAAUAUUGAAAAUUUGUUUUUUGUGGAAACAGUGUAAAAGUCUACUUAUGUGUAAAACAAAGCAAGCCUCAGACCAGCAAUAAAUCAGUCAAUUUGGAUAACAUCA